CAUUCCUCCUGUGGCCGAGCCCUUGAAAGCAGUUCAUCCUAUUAUUUAUUUUCUUCGACAUUACAUUCGUUAAAAUGAAUUAUUUCAUGAUUCACAUUCGGUGCAUCUUCUUUAUCUUUUGUUGCGUGCAGUUAGGCGUGUUGACAAGUUAUCUCAAGACCUCUGGUUCCCAGAAAUCUCCAGGAAGCAAAAACGGUGGCUCUUCAACAGGUAAUAAAUUUCAAAUCACCGGUGGUGGCAAUGCCACCCCCCAAGCGCCGAAGGAUAACGAUCAACUCAAAUCCUGGUUGGCGGAUAAUGUCCCCCGAGUUAUCUUAAUCAAGACAACCUUUGACUUCACUUCGCCCAAAAUCAACGCAACCGGUCCGGGAUGCGUACCAUGGGCGUCUUGUCAGAAUGGGAAUCAAAUUCAAGAGGCAAGAAAUUUCAACAACUGGUGCUCAAAGUUCUACAGCACGCAUAAGCCCUCCCAGGUGUCGUACCACCAAGCUGCUUUGGAGCCUUUGGUGGUUGGAAGUCAGAAGACAAUCUUGGGUGUCGGUUCGUCUGGUGUUCUGCGUGGAAAAGGUUUGGUUUUACACAAUUCUAAUAAUGUGAUCAUACGGAAUAUCGUUAUCACUCAGCUAAAUCCUCAGAUUGUCUGGGGAGGCGAUGGAAUAAUGAUGGAUGGAGCUUCUAAUGUCUUGGUUGAACAUUGUACUUUCAGCCUCAUCGGUCGACAGAUGAUUGCGACCGGUGGGAUGGCAAACUCGGAGGCCAACACCAACAUUCUCCUUAUGAACAACCUGUUCGAUGGCCGCACUGAUUGGUCGGCCCGUUGUCAAAAUCGGCAUUACUGGACUGUUCUCAUUUCUGGUCCUGGAGAUACCGUCACGAUGGCCAAUAACUGCUUCGAUUCCACUUCCGGUAGAAGUCCGAAAACUGGUGGGGCUGGUAACCCAUGGGUCUUUGUUCACUAUUAUAACAACCUCCAUACCAACACUAUUGGCGAGACCUUUGAAAUCGCCUCCGGAAGUACUUUCUUAGCUGAGGGAAAUGUCAUCAAGAACGCACACUUUGAAAAUCCGGACGAUCAACUGACUAACCAUGGGGGCAACGGCUUCAUUCCAUUCCUCGAUGCUGAUGCUCAGGCGUGUCAGGGACCUUUGGGACGUCCAUGUGUGAAGAACUUGAUUCUUCAGUCUUCACCUUACAAGUUCGACGUCAGAACAUCAGUCUUGAAAGCGUUUCAAAAAAAGCCGCCCACUUAUGUUGGAGCAAUCAAACCGGCCUCUAGCAUCGUCAACGGCGUUUCUGGUGGUUGUGGUGUUGGUCACAUCUAAGAACAGUGUCGAUCAAACUCUCAGAUCAAACCUUUUGGUGAAUGGCGAGUGAAAACUAGGAAAUUGAACCCAGGGCCUGCUGAUUUGAACGUUGUAUAUUAGUUGAUCUUUCUUGGAAUGCUGCCAGCAGCUCCCAGGAGUACAACGGUUUUGUUUUCAUCAGGGUUUGAUUGUUAUCCAAUUCAUCCCACGUUUUCCACAAUUAGUGGCUACUUGCUAUUUUUCCUUUACCAAAUCACUGUAUUGUAUACAGUGGAAAUUGUUACAAAUUGCAAAUAUUGAUUAGCUGGAGCUAGGCCACCAUUAUGACGGAAAACCAAAGUGUAACAGUCUGAAUUAUUUGUCAAAUUUCCAUCUGUUUG